AUGUAUGCCAUGGUGUGCACAAGACUAGACAUUGCAUAUGUAGUGGGAGUAGUAAGCAGAAGGGGUGAAGUGAAGCUACAUGGUUAUGUAGAUUCAUACUUUGUUGGUGAGGUGGACCAUAGAAGAAGUACUACCGAGUAUGUGUUCAUGGUGGGUAUAACUGCAGUUAGUUGGGUUUUGCAAAUACAGAGGAUUGUAGCGUUAUCUACUACAGAGGCAGAGUAUGUGGUGAUGACAGAGGCUAGCAAGGAGAUGAUUUGGUUACAAGUUGGUCUCAUCCACUUCCAGAGAAAUGUGGGACACCGUAAUGCUGUUGCCAUUGCAGUUCUGAGCAGCCAAAACCCAGGUGUUAUCACUAUUGCAAAUGCAGUGUUUGGGUCUAAACUAGAUAUUUCUAGUGAUAUCCUCGUCAAGGCUUUCCAGUUGGACAAGAAUGUUAUCACUUACAUGCAGUCCAAAUUCUAG